CUUCAAAGUGCGCAUGCGUUGAUUUUAUUUCAGAAGCAUGAUUGUGAGCUUAUUGUUUUAUGUGAUUUACCCUUUAUCACGUUACCUGAACAGACGUCUCUCGGAGUCCUCAGAGAAGAGUCUCCCUCCUGCAGUUAAUGGCUCCGCCGUAUGGGAUGGUGGUGGUUUUCCAGUCGUAUCCAUCCAGUCUCAGACGACCAUGCUGGACCAGCGGAGAGAUACAAAGAUGGAUACGAAAGAAAGGGUGAAUGAACCAGGCCCAAAGACGGAAAACGAUACAAGUUCUGACACAGACAAGGAACCACUGAUGGAUGUCCUGCAUGAAGACACAAAAGUUGAAAUGGCUUCAAAAAUGAACAAGGCUCAGUUAACAUCGCCAGGAGAAGUCGAAGCUCCCGAACAGGAGAAUGGUGAAAUGUUGAGCCCCACAGAGGUUAUGGUGAAGAAGCAAGACGUGGAAGAUGGAAGUACUUCUCCAUCUGACCACAUCAGUCCAGAACAAGCACUGGUGACAGAGCUGAAGCAUCUGGAAAUGGAGGACAGCCUGCAAGACACAACCUGUACAGUUUUGGAACAAAUACAGAAGCCAACAUUGGGAGAUCCAGUAACUUCACUUGAUGAUAACGUGCCAGAAACUGCCCGUCCAGCUCAGAGCCAAAUACUGAUGCACACAUUAGAAGAAGCUGUGACUCCAGCUGUGGACACUAACACUUUUCCCUCGGGGGAACAACUCCAAACCUCAAACAAGGAAGGGUCACAAAUGCCUACAGAAACUACAUCUACUGUGACUGAAUGCUGGGAUGAAUACAUGAUUCCCACUGGAAAUCCCUUCUCUGACGUAGUGGGAAAUUCUGAGCUUGUAUUUUCUCCCCUUCUCUCUGGCGCUCAAACCCCAAUUAAACUUUGUCCGCAGCAGCAUGAAGAGACUACCUGGCACUUUCCUGCAGGGCCAGGUCUAGCAGAGGAAGAGUCUUGCCAGCUUUGGAGUGGUCCUGUUGCAAGCUAUUACCCUCCGAUGGAGCAGACCUUUGACAUAAUAUGGAGACUGUGGGAGGACACGGAUGAAAGCACUGACACAUCUGAGCCUGCUCUGAUACCCUUCGAAGCAAAGGCCUCAAUGGACUUCAGUGUUAUGUCCUACAACAUCCUUGCUCAGGACCUGCUGGAGCUCAACCAGCAGCUGUACGUGCACUGCCCCCUGGAGGUGCUGGACUGGGACUACCGAUGUGCUCUGCUUCUUGCCGAAAUGGAAAAAUGGGCACCAGAUAUACUGUGUCUCCAAGAGGUUCAUGAGAACCACUACUAUGAACAGCUGCAUCCUGCCUUGUCUCAGAUGGGCUACACGUGUGUCUACAAGCGACGUACAGGGACUAAGAUGGAUGGCUGCGCGACAUGCUAUCGUAGCAGUCGUUUCUCAGAAGUCACUGUAACUAAGCUGGAGUUCUUCAGGCCUGAAACUGAGCUGUUAGAUCGUCACAACGUGGGUAUCGUCCUGCUGCUUCGGCCACUGGUAGGGCAGGGAGCAGCGGCCAAGGAGCACGGACCACCUCUUUGUGUGGCCAACACACACCUGCUCUUCAACCCUAGGAGGGGAGAUGUAAAGCUGGCUCAGUUGGGAAUAAUGUUGGCAGAAAUUGAUGCAACAGUAAAGUCCUGUAAAGCCAAAGGCGAACACUGUAACGUUGUAUUUUGCGGAGACUUUAACUCUCUUCCAAACAUGCCUCUGUACCAGUUGAUCACCACUGGUGAGCUUUACUUCCAGGGUCUGCCAGCAUGGAUGAUCUCAGGCCAGGAGGACUUGUCAUACAAACCCAGCUGUCACAAACUGUUUGCUCCGUUGUGGCCCGGCUCUCUGGGCAUCACUGACAACUGCCAGUACGCCAGUGUCAACGAUAUCUUUGACAGCCAGAGUCAGAAAUCAGAGAAAUGUCGGUACAGCCAUGACUUCAUGAAGCGGCUACGCUGUUGUCCAGCUGCACUUGUACGUCCUGAAGGCUUGGAGCUCAUUCAUGGCGUGACUGAUAAAACACCAGAUGCUUUAAAGGAAAAUCAGCAUUAUGAUCAAAGGUUCAGGCACAGCAUCAGACAUCGGUUAGACCUGGAGUCGGUCCAGAAACACGCGUUCCAGGACUCUGUCAGUCAAGACAUUACAACCUUGCACUCUGAAGGAGGAGCUGCUGUCGACUACAUCUUCUACUCCCCAAAACGCAUCCUCACACCCAAACAGAAAUCUCGUGAGAACUCUGCAAGUGAAGGUCUGAAGCUUGUUGGUUCUCUCUCUCUCCUAUCCGAGGAUGUUCUGUGGUCAAUGGGUGGUCUUCCCAAUCAUGUGUUCCCCUCUGACCAUCUCAGUGUGGUGGCCCGAUUCCAACUGGACCUGAAUACUUCAUGAAUCAGACGAUGCUGAACAUGUUGCCCCGCAUGCUGGACGUGUGUAUUACACUUACUUUUUCAAAGUCACAUAAAAAAGGAGAAAUUACACAGUUUUGUGUUUGGUAAGACAAUAAGACUAUUGAGUUUAGUAAUUAUUAGUAUUUUUCUUCAUUUUAAGUUUUCAUACAAGGCACAAGGGAGGUUGUUUAUAAACAAGUUACUACAUAUGCAGAUGGAUUUGGAACACACAAUGUGUUUUACACACUUACAGAACAUCGAUAGAUUGCAAACAAGCCUAACACCACAUCUGUGAUAUGUCUGAUUGUAUAUUUACAGUGAGUGAUCAAUUUUUUUUCAGCUUCAGAGAGCGGUUAUAUUUUGUUUUGUUUGAAUUAGUAAAACUAUACUUAUUUUUAAAUGCUCACACAUUUCUGGACAUGUACUCCCUAAGUUGGGAGCAGUGUCAGCACCAGUUUCUGUACACAGUGACGGCUACAGGAGAACGAAAACAAAAAACAACACGUGUAACAACUUGGGAAAUGUGAACGAAUCAUAUGUCACGUAGAAAGUUGCUGGUGACCUGUUCCACACUUUAUCCCGUGGAUAGGCCAACAUGUAUACAAAUUAGGUAACUCACUGUUUCCAUAAAACAAGCAUGUGGUAAAUUUUCACAAGUUAGCAAAAAUUCUUCUUCAAACUCGAAUCUGGUAUCCUUUAAGAUCAGCUGAUGGUUUUUGAUCCAAAACUUUCUUGUCUCCAGAGGGACUGCAACAAAAGAAUAUAUAUAUUAGACAAAACUAUGAGUGUUCAUAUAUAAAAAAAAUGGAGGUGAUUUAUUCCAAGAGUACUAUUUUAACAAAAUAUUAUGAGACUUCUGCUUUUCUAAAAUGUGUUACAGAAGGUUCACAUCAGUUGUUAUAAUUCAGUAUUCAGAUCAUCGGUCAUACCGUCUCUCAACUUGGCUGAUUCUUCGGAGGGGGCUGUUCGGCCCUCUGAUGGGUGAACCCAUGCUGUUUUUCCUGUCUUUGGUUGGAGAAGGAGGUGCUGGCUUUCCUAUCUAAAAAAAACAGCCAAAAAGAACAACUUUAUCAGAUUUUCAAUCACUUUAAAACAUCACACUGGCAAGUUUACAGUGCUCGUUCCCUCCUCAUCCUGUGCCAGCAGCUUAAAUCUAUGCACGUCCUUAAAAUGAUGGUGCAGAGCACUCAGUGUAGAAAGUGAUGGAUUGAGCCAUCUGCAUGCGGAUUACUGCAGAACAGAGUUAAGUCAUUGCAUUCGUUUUAUUACACCCAAUGCUCUGCAGAAAGGCUUCUCUCAUUAUCCCUGCAUAGAAGCUGAUGAUAAAAGCAACAUUUCAGAGAAGCUGCAGGUUAACACGGCAUCACUGCACGAAGAAACAGCAUGUCAGAAAACACUGUGUGUGCAGCAUGUAUAAUUGUAACAUGGAGAAAAAUAAAUCUUAAAGAAUUUUGAUUUACAAUCAGACCAGAAACAAUGAUGGCUCUUUUAACAAGAAGUAGUAAGAAAUUAAGUGACAGAGCUACUUCAAAAGUGCAGCAGUCAGGCUUCAGUGUUUGUACCUUAAGCCUCAUGUCUCGAGUGUGCCUCUCCAGCUCCUUGCGUAGUUCUUCUCUGCUCAGCUUGUCCACAUCUAGUAUUGAGUGUUUCCAUUCUAUCUGCUCCACGCUGUGUGGGUCGUGGGAGACGUACUGGCCGAUCUUCACCUUGCGCAGGGUGUGCCAGUAGCCCCUGUAGGCUCUUUCAUAGUCCAGAACUAAGUCCAUCAGUGUCCGGAACUCCAGCGGUUUGAACAUGAGGUCCUCCCGGCGACUUAUGCCCAACGCACCGAAGCGUCCCCCGCUGUGAACGCCCAGAACAAUGUGGUAGAAGUGGUUCCCUGAGAACUGAGACUUAAAGCUGAGGGGGAAGCGCUCCACACCGGGCAUGUUGUUGGUGAGGUAACUAUAUUAAGAGAGUUAAGGAUGUGGAUAUCCAGGGCCAGAUACACACAGAAACAUGCAUAUGGCUUUUCCUACACACUAACUGGGAUUUAUAAUGGAGUUAUGUGCAACAUGAAUAUGUGCGCCUUACAUAUUCUUCUGAACAUGGACUUUACUGGAAAUGUGAUAAGAUUAAAUGGAGAAUGUAACUAGAAAUUAUUUUUUUUAAACUGAUUUUGGUUCUUAUUUUUGACUUUUACUUUUUCUUUACUGUGGAUUCAAUAAGAGUGAUUGCAGCCAUGUUCAAUGGCCGUAUGCAUAGACGUAUGCAUAGCUACUCUGGCAUUGUUUUGUUCCUUGUUUCUUGCCACAAAACAGUUGGUUCAUAUGACGGUUCAAGGUUCUGAAAAGUCUCCCCACACAAGCCUCUGUGACCCGGUAAACAAGCCACGCAUUCAUCUGUUGAAGUUAAAGCAUGGUUGCUGCUUCUCCAACCAUACUGAUACGUUCCUGAUGUGAGCUGAUUGCAUUUUGGCCUCUUGUUUGUAAUACAAAUAUCUAUUUCAUUUAUCUAUUUUUCUUUGAAACCUUUGCAAUGUGCAUUGCAAAAUGUAAAAAGUCGAGAACUUCUGUAACUGAUUUCCACUCAGCAGUUUUUUUUCUCUUCAUGACUCCAGACAAGAGACAACAAAUGCAUUUAAUUUUCCCUCUCCUUCACUGAUUAAUGUCUCAAAUUAUUUUUUUCUUAUGCUCUUACUUUCAUGGUCAGAUCUAAAAGUGGGAGUGGAAUUCAGCGCCAUCCACAUGCAUGCAAUCCCACGAUAAUAGAGGUUUAUAACAGAACCAUCUGUACAUUCACUGCUGUAAAUCUGUGGAUAAAGAAUGGAUGUGAACACUUCUGCUCUUGCAUGUACAAUCUUGUCCACUAAACUAUUACGUUUUCUACAUCUGUGUCUUAGCGGUCUUUAAAUUGUAAAUACAGAUUAAAUACAGUGGCAACCAACUCCUGCCAAUGUUUUCUUUUCUCUAUUGAUGUAUCAGUUAGUUUUUUUUCCUUGUACAAUAGGCAAAUUAAAUGGUGCAAACUCCAGAAAGGGCUUCAUACUGUGCCGAAAAUACAUUUGUUUUGCUACAUCAGAAAAUAUCUUGAAGCAAAUUCUGAGCGAUAACAUAGUUUGUCUGCUUUCUAGAAAAAGAAGAAAAACAAAGCAUAAUUCCUCCUUCCAUUAGCUAACCACAUCUAGUUGCUGCAUAUUAUACUGAUGCAAAUUCUGCAGACGCAUGAAAAUCAAAAACAAUUUGAAGUCAAGUGUUGUGCAACAUGCUCUGUGGGUCUAAAGAUACAUCCCCAGGAUGACCGCCUCCAAGCAUUUGAUUGGCAGAGCCUCGCGCGUCAUCUCCUUUGCAAUGUCCACUAACCUGUGCAAAAACAAAUGGAAAAAGAGAGAUUUUUUUGUAAUUCCGUGUUACAAUAGACCGUCACAGCAAGGAAUGCAAUACCGAGCACAUGAACGGGCUGUUAUUGAUUCCAUGCAGCCAAACAAAAGCAUUUUCCAUGAGCUCGGUAAAUUAGAUCUAAAUCUAAUAAAGUGAGGAUAGGAAACGUGUUCCAGGCCUCUCCUGACUGAUAUUAGUUCCUACUCACAAACCCCUGGAGUAAAACCAGAGACACAGCUAAUAAACAUGCAUUUGUCAUCACUGGCUAAACCUUAAGAAAUCAACAAAGGCCAUCCCCGUUAUCCAGGGAUCAAUUUAAAGAAAGGACUGCUUACGCUGUAAGAGGGCGGUUUUUCUUUAUCUCAAAAAACUGUGUUCCUGUGUGAUUGUACCUGUAAGAUACAGUUAAGGUCAUAACCAUAACAGAGCAACGUGACGGCGUCUCGACAGCAUUGCUGCACACACUGAGAACAGACAAGCCCUUAAAGUGUUUUGUGAUAUUCAUAGAUUGAUGAUUAAAUAUGGAUGACUUGCUUGUCUAACUGGAAAUCAAGCUUUUGCCUCAUUUUAAAUGUGAGUCUGCACACUGACCUACAUUUCAUUUUGGUCUGUAAAAAAAUGGGUCAUAGAGGUUCUACAGGAAAUCAAAUACUCUUUCAAUUGUUUUUUCAACAUCUGUGUCUAAAAGAAAGCUUUCUAAAUUCUUUAAGCCCCUGAAUCAAAAACAUAUCCUGAUUACAACACAUCCAAAAUGAAACCACAUAAAUCAAUACACCGGUCUCUCAUCACAAAGAGUCAAACAAGCGGGCUGUAUCAACUUGGUCAAAAGAUACUGCAAUUCCCUGAUGUACUUCUGUAUGGCUUCCAGGCGCUGUGGGAUAGUGGUUGUAGGUUGGUAUGUAGGCACACUUGGUACUGGAAUCUGAGGGGGAAACAAACAACUGCAUUACCACAAUACAAUCUCAGUUUUCACUAGAGAUGAUGAAUGUAGCCUUGUAUGAUCUCUUUGCUCUUCUCUGUCAGGCAUAACAGAUGGCGAGAGUAUCUGGAUUACUAUUAAUCUGCUCUCAAACGACCAUUUAUCUGCAGCUAAAAUCUGUAAAUGUCCAUGUGUAAACAUGUAAGAUUGAUAGAGAAAGCCAAGGUACUGUACUGUAGUCCAGUGGUUCCCAAACUUUCUGUGCCCAAGGCACACCAAAGGACAAAUAAAAAUUUCAAGGCACACCUAUUGUGCAAAAUAGCCUUAUAACACGUGUUAUCACUAAUAUCAUCUGUUUAUCUGUUAAGUUUAUUAUUUACUAAUGCCAAAUAAGAUAUGACAAAGACAACUAUUCUACUC